AUGAAUAAAGACAUAUUAGACAACAUAAAAGAACUACCUCAAUUUAAGCUACUAUGUAAAAAGAAGUCCGAUUUAUUAAAGUAUUUCGAAUCUUGUAACCGUAAUGAAUAUGAUGAAAUUUGGAUGACACUUCAUACAAGCUUAGUGGAGUAUAUAAGUGCUGAUAAUUUGAUUUAUGAUGAAGAAAAAUCAACAUUAUUAUUUAAGGAGGAAAAUAAUAGACAAUAUUUAUUGACAUCUAUAUUAUUUGUUUCAAUUUAUUUACAAUAUUUGCAUAAUAAGACACAAAAAAAAGGAAUAACAUUUGAAGAGGAUUUCCAAAUACUUUUCUGUAAACUAAUAGAAAUACAGUUCAUGCUAAGCGACAAAGAAGUGAGAUUAUCCUUCGGAAAAUGUCUUCUUACUAUAUGUGAAUUAAAUAUAAAGGAAAAUGAAUUUACAAAUAACGUCAAGAUAAAUCUUUUAUUAUACCUACUAUGGAAAUGUUGUCAUAUAGAAGGUAAAGGAACAGAUAUUACUAAAUUAAAGAAAUUCAAAGACUUUUGUAAGUACAUUAAUUGGGGCAUUUCUGAAAGAACCACUGAUUCCUUUUACAUUUUAUGUUCUUAUACAUUGAACCUUCCUAAAUUUUAUGAAACGUCUGAUGGAAAAAUAUUUUUAUCUCAUGUUUGGUCUCAGAAUGAAAGUAUAGCAUAUCAUCUUUUUAAUAAAUUUGUCCAUAACACGGCCGUUUUAGCUCAUAACCAUAUUUGUCAUUACUCAGAAAUUAUUUAUUCCACUUGGAGGAAUUGUUCAGAAGAUAUGAAAGAAACACUCUAUACUCAAAUAGAGUAUCUAGUAAACUUUUCUUUAAAAUGUCCAAUUAAAAUAGCUGCUCGUUUCAGGGACGUUCUUAGUAUAUUUCAUACAAAUAAAGGAGAUAAGGAUAUUAAUAGGUUGAUAUUUAAAAUAUACGACCCAGUGAUAUGGAGAAGUUUAAUGUGCCCCAAUUGGAAAAUUAGAUUUAACGCGACCUGCAUCUUUCAACUAAUAUAUCCUGUUGUUGACCCUGGAAUAAAAGAUAUUAAUUAUUUGGAAGAAAUGGAAAAAGCUUAUAACGCACUGUUGGAUUUAUCUGAAGACAAAAAUACUUAUGUGCUCCAAGCAACAGCCAAAUGUAUUUGUUAUAUUUUAAGUGAACUGUGGGAAAUAAUCAACCAUGAUAAAAGAAUGAAACUCAUAGAUAUUUUGAUAAAUAAAUUUUUAAAAGAGAAAUACAAUGAAUGUGUACGUGUUGAAGUAGUAUUAGGUUUUUGUGAAAUGUCAAAAAAUCCUAUGAUUCGUAAAAUAAUUCUAAAAAUAUUUGACAGAAUAAAAUAUCUUAUAAAUGAUAACUCUUUACGUGUCCGUAAAAAUUUUAUUAUGCUUAUAUUAAAUUUACAAGAUUAUUUGAAUGAUACAUUUUCAUAUGAUAUCGAUUUUAAUGAAUUAAUAAAAAAAUUAACAAAAGAUUUUAUUACAUUUAAUGUUCAAUCGUGUAUAAAAAAAAUGUCUUAUAUGAAAUAUGAAUAUCAUGAUAAAUUAAAAAAUAAGGAAAUGUAUGAAUAUUUAAAAUUAUCUACAAAUUUAAUAAGUUAUUCUAUAUGGAAAUGCGAUAUAAAAGAACAAGCAAUGAAAUGUAUUAAUUUAUUAAAUGAAUAUCCUGUUCUUAUGAUAUGCAUAAGUAAAUUUUCAACAAAUGUAAAUUUAAUUGAUAGGUAUAAAUUAUCAUCAGUACUUUUUGAAAUUACCAAUUCUAAAUUAAAAGAAGAAAAUAACUUCAUUAUGUUAAAUAAAACUAACCAAGAUAUACAAGAUAAACAAGAUAAACAUGAUAAACAAGAUAAACAUGAUAAACAAGAUAAACAAGAUAAACAUGAUAAACAAAAUAAACAAGAUAAAUAUUUAAUGAUGGAUAAAAAUUAUAAUAAAAAUGUCUAUAUAAAUAAUAACAUUAACAUAAUUUUAGAAUCCGAUUCAAAUCUUAAAAAGAGAUAUAUUAGAUAUUCCACUUUACUAAUAUGCAUAGCAAAUUUUUUAAAACCAAGAAAUGAAGAAGAAAUAGAAUUAUGCUACUCUGAAGAAAUUGAAGAAUUUCUUAAAAUGAAAUUCAAAGAAUUAUAUUUUGUUGAAAGUAUCAAUACUAUUAUGCAACCAUUCUAUUUUAAAGUUUUAAAGAAUAUCUAUUUAGAUUAUGAUAAUUAUUAUAUGAAUAUACAUAAAUAUAGUACAAAUCAAUUGAAUAAUUUAUAUACUAUGAAAAAUUUAUAUUUAUGUAAAACUAUUAUUAUUCCUUUAUUUUUUAAAUGGAAAUUAUUAAAUAUAUAUAUAAUUGAACAUUUAAAAUUUUUAAACAUAUCUAUGGAAUGUAUUAUUUAUAACAUAAAUAAAUGUAUAUCAAAUGUUCAUAGCCAAUAUUAUCAUCUAAAUAUUGAUAAACACACAUUUCAAGUUAUUCAACAAAAUGUUAUAGAAUUAAUAAAUAUACACAAAGGUUAUAAUAAUAAUACAAAUAACUUGUUAUCAUAUGUAAAAAACAAUAAUAUAUCAGAACAUAAAAAUAAUAUAAUUAUAAAACAAAAUAACAAUAAUAAUAAAAAUAAUGUAAAUACACAAAAUAGACAUAUACAUAUGUCCAAUAUAAUGCUUGAUUAUAAUGAACUAAAAGAUGCAAGUAUAAAUAAACAAAAAGAAUUGAAUUGCUUAAUUUUUUUGUCUCUUGUCGUUAAAAAAAAAAAAUAUCAUAAUAUAUUAUUUAAACCUUUUCCUUAUGUUAUAUAUAAUAUUAUUCAUAAAUUUAAUAAUUUCCUUCUUCAUAUUUUUCAUAAUAUUUCAUUACAUAACUUUGAAUUACCAUCAUAUUUUCUUUCAGCCUAUUAUAAAGGAGGGAAUAAAAAAAAGGAUUCGGAAAAUUUAAUUCUACUAAUAUUAUAUAAUAAAAAAGAAAUAAAAUUAUACAUACAUAUCUAUGUAUCUUUUUUUUUCCUUUUUCAUUCAUAUUGUACACAUAAUAAUAUUUUAUAUGAGUGGAAUGAUUUAAUACAAAAUACUUCAAAAUGUAUUGAACAUAUUAGUAAUAUUAAAUUUAAGAAUGAAAUACAAUUAAAAUUAUAUAAUGUAACAUCACGGGAACAUAUACAUAAUAAAGAUGAGCAACACAACAAAAUAAAAUGGGCAAAUUACACAAGCUCUAUUAUAUAUUUAAUCACGUAC